CCCUAGCCGUGGACUCCCACCUCGUCUCUUUCUAUCUGUUGAAGAAACCCAGGCCGAUCCCCCACAUAUCUCCGGCGACAGCCAGAUCGCGGUCUCCUACGGCGUGCAGGAUUUUGGAGGAGCCGAUUCGCAGCUAUUGAUCUUUAUUGGUGGCACGACCAAGAGAUUCCUAUGGGUCUGCUAACCAUCAUACGGAAGAUAAAGAGAAAGGAGAAGGAGAUGAGAAUUCUUAUGGUUGGACUGGACAACUCGGGGAAGACAACUAUUGUGCUGAAGAUCAAUGGCGAGGAUACUAGCAUCAUCAGCCCCACCCUGGGCUUCAACAUCAAGACCAUAAAGUACCAGAAGUAUUCCUUGAACAUUUGGGAUGUUGGUGGGCAGAAAACAAUAAGAUCCUACUGGAGAAACUACUUUGAACAGACUGAUGGUUUGGUGUGGGUCGUAGAUAGCUCUGAUUUGAGAAGAAUGAAUGAUUGCAGGAUGGAGCUUGGAAAUCUCCUCAAAGAAGAGAGAUUAUCAGGAGCUUCUUUGUUGAUCUUGGCUAAUAAGCAGGAUAUUCAAGGCGCUCUUAAGCCUACAGAGAUAGCAAAAGUUCUAAAUUUGGAUGCUUUGGAUAGAACCCGGCAUUGGAAUAUUGUUGGUUGCAGUGCUUAUAAUGGCGAUGGAUUGUUCGAAGGUUUUGAUUGGCUCGUUCAGGACAUUGCUUCCCGGAUUUAUGUAAUUGACUGAUGUGAUGAUUUUUAAACCUAAGUCAGAGUGCUUCUUAGGCAGCCCCAAUAUUGCGGCGAAUUAUUCCGUCCAGUCACCGGACGUCCGGACACCCAAUCUAGAUGCGUCGUAUCAUCCGAAUACACUGGGUCCCGAUAUAUUUUGGUGACGUGACGCGUCUGAAUUGGUGCCCGGACGAAUCCGGACACUCGACAUAAUGAUUUGCCCAAUAUUGCAGACGGCAGAGCUUUUGCUUCUUCUGUUUGGAUGUGAAGUUUUGUUGGAAUUAUUUGUGUAUUUGUUUUUUUAUUUUUUCAUUUACAAAACAAAUGUUUUGGUUGAAUCA